CUUGGGAAUAUAUUGCCAUUCCUUCACUGUCGCUGGGUUGAAAUCCUGGAACUCCCUUCCUAACAGCGCCAACACCACAUGGACUACUGCAGCUCAAAGAAGUGAACAGGAAAAUUUGCUGACAGGAAACUCAAACCAAAAAUCACAUCAAAGUCUGACAGAUUCACUCAAUACAUCAGGUGCUGGAUAUCAUUGAACCUUGAAUGUAGAAGGAGAAAUGUUUUAACCAAUUGCACAGCCUGAAAAAAAAUCUAAUCAUUCACAGCGAGGAUAAACUGUGUACGAAGUUUGGUCUGACCAUCCAACAUGGACAGCCACGAGGACACCGGCACCAUGGAGAAACCGUGGAAAUGUGGAGACUGUGGGAAGGGAUUUGGUUCCCCAUCAAAGCUGGAAAUUCAUCAACGCAGUCACACUGGGGAGAGGCCGUUCACCUGCUCCGUGUGUGGGAAGGGAUUUACUAGUUCAUCCAACCUGAUGAGACACCAGCACACUCACACUGAGCAGAGUUCAGUCAUCUGCUCUGUGUGUGGGAAGACAAUCGGUCAUUCAUCAAACUUUCAGAGGCACCAGCAAACUCACAGUGGAGAGAGGCCGUUCACCUGCUCCGUGUGUGGCAAGGGAUUCAGUCAGUCAUCCUACCUGCUGACACACCAGCGCAUUCACACGAGGGAGAGUCCGUUCAUCUGUUCCUUGUGUGGAGAGGGAUUUAAUCGAUUAUCUAGGCUUCUGAAUCACCAGAGAAUUCACACUGGGGAAAGUCCAUACACCUGCUUUAUCUGUGGCAAGGGAUUUAAUCGGCCAUCCAAACUACUGACACACCAGCGAAUUCACACUGGGGAGAGGCCAUUCGCCUGCUCCAUGUGUGGGAAGGGAUACACCAAUUCAUCUGACCUGUUGACACAUCAGCGAGUUCACACUGGCGAGAGGCCAUUCACAUGUUCCAUGUGUGGAAAGGGAUUCAUUCGGUCAUCCCACCUUCUGACACAUCAACUUGUUCAUACUGAUCAGAGACCUUUUAAAUGUUCUGAGUGUGAGAAGACCUUUAAAAGUGAAAAGGAUCUGCUGACACACCAGCGAGUUCACACUGGGGAGAGGCCAUUCACCUGCUCUGUGUGUGGGAAGAGAUUCACUCAGUCAUCCACCCUGCUGACACAUCAGCAAGUUCACAAGUGACUAUGGAGAUUGAAAUCUGUGGUUACUGUUGCUGUUAAUCCUGUUCAGGAUUGAAUUCUUUCAUUCUGAUAGCUGAAGUUUGUUUCUGCUGAAUUAUAAUUGUGCAAAGAUGGGUGGUAGCUCAGAAGACUGGACAGAAUUUUAAAAAGGAAAAGAAUGAUUGAAAGAUUAAUAAAGAGAGAAAAAGUCGAGUAUGAGAGAAAGUGAGGUAGAAAUAUAAAGACAGAUAGUAAAAGUAAAUAUUGAUAUCUAAAAAUGAAAAGAGUUAACAAAGUGAAGGUUGCUCCUAUAGAAAGUGAAUCUGGGGAGUUAAUAAUGGAAAAUAAGGAGAUGGCAGAUGAAUUGAACAGGUAUUUUGCAUCGUCUUCA